AUGUUUUUUGACUUAAACGUUCCUUAUAACCCCGAUGACGCUGAUGUACCCCACACAUUGAAUUUCCUGGCCGAACUUGGUUACACCACCAUUGCUCUAUCACAAACCGUUACGGGAAAGCUUCCUCCAACCAUUACGCCACCCCCUUUGCCAUCAAAUCCACAUAAAUCCCUCACCAUUCUCACCCGAUUGAACCUGACUUUGUCCGACCCAGCGCAAAAUCAACGCCUUAAUAGUCUAGCUCAAGCUUACGAUCUGGUUGCUCUUCGUCCAACUAACGAAAAGGCCCUUCUAAAUGCCUGUACGAAUCUGGAAUGCGACGUGAUCUCAUUAGAUCUCUCCGUGCGACAGCCAUAUCAUUUCAAAUUCAAAAUGCUGUCGGCUGCGGUGUCACGUGGAGUUCGUCUGGAGAUCUGCUAUGGCUCCGGAGUCACGGGAAGCGGGUUGGAUGCCCGUAGGAAUUUGAUUGGGAAUGCUAUGUCUUUGAUCCGAGCCACACGCGGUCGUGGUAUCAUCGUAUCAAGUGAGGCGCGAAGGGCGCUGGGUCUCCGCGCUCCAUGGGAUGUGAUCAAUUUGACUUGCGUCUGGGGAUUGUCACAAGAACGCGGCAAGGAGGCCAUUUGUGAAGAGGCACGAAAGGUCACAGCAUUGGCUAAGCUCAGGCGAACUAGUUGGCGUGGAAUCGUCGAUAUUGUCCACGGAGGAGAGAAGACCAAAUCUGUUACAUUGCCACCGAAACAAAAGUUAGCAGAGAAAUCUACAACAUCGACCGAGCAAGGGAAUGCUUCUGAUAACCUGAAAAGAAAAGCGUCCGUCACCUCUGAGGCCGUCCUUGAAGAUUUUGAAAAACCUCUUUCAAAGAGGGAGAUGAAGCGGCGAGCGAAAAAGGCACGACUAGGGCCACAAGGGGAUAAUGCAAGCUGA